UUGUCAAAUCAGCAGGCGCCCUGCAUGACGUUUCUACAAAUGUUUUGUUGCAGCACACGCGCGUACAAUUCAAACUGGUUCUGCAAAUAAAAAAUUGUUUAAUUCCAUUGCAUUCAUGAUUACCAACCAGUAGUAAGGGUUUAAAACAUGAGUCUGUGGACGGAUAAAACGUUUGCUGACCUCGGUUUAACAUACUGGAUAACACGGCAAACGGAAAAGCUAGGACUACGCCGGCCGACACCGAUUCAGGUGGAAUGUAUCCCUCGCAUCCUCCAGGGACAGGACUGCAUCGGUGCAGCCAAAACUGGUUCCGGCAAAACGUUUGCCUUCGCUUUGCCAAUCCUACAGAAGCUUAGCGAAGAACCGACGGCCAACUUUGCGCUCGUACUCACACCGACCCACGAACUGGCGCACCAGAUUGCGGAACAGUUUAUCGUCGCCGGACAACCGAUGAACGCGCGUGUUUGUGUGGUAACCGGCGGAACGGACCAUCUGAUAGAAAGUCAGCAGCUACAGAAACGUCCACACAUUGUUGUGGCUAUGCCGGGACGAUUAUCGGACCAUCUGACCGGUUGCAAUACGUAUUCGUUCGCUGCCCUUCAGUUUCUGGUAGUGGACGAAGCGGACCGUAUGCUAAGUGGUAGCUUCGAUGAAGAUUUGCAAGUUAUCAAUCGUUUCCUGCCGGCAAAGCGGCAGAAUUUGUUCUUCUCGGCCACGCUGAAAGAUUUUCUCAAGACGUCGAUAGUGUUCCCGAUCGCGGACGAUGUGUUCGAAUGGUCGGAACAGUCGCAGGUAGCGACGGUAGAAACGCUCGACCAGCGUUAUCUGCUCUGUGCCGAUUACGAUCGUGACACCGUGCUAGUGGAAGCGUUGCGCAAGUAUAGGGAGGAAACGGACGAUGCAAGCAUUAUGAUCUUUACCAACUCCAAGAAAGAUUGCCAAAUUCUGUCCAUGUCGCUGAACUCGUUCGGGUUCGACAACGUGUGUUUGCACGGAUUUCUGCGGCAGAGGGAACGUGUGGCGGCGCUCAACAAAUUCAAAUCGAAGCACGUGCGCAUUAUGAUCGCAACCGAUGUGGCCAGCCGUGGGCUCGACAUACACGACGUACAGCUCGUGAUGAACCAUCGGUUGCCGAAGAAACCGAUCGAAUACAUUCACCGUGUCGGGCGUACGGCACGCGCCGGACGUUCUGGGAUGGCGAUAUCGAUUCUACGCUUUCCGCGCGAUCUGGAGGCGCUGGGAGAAAUUGAAGGACUCAUCAAUACGAAGCUGACCGAGUAUUCCGUUGAUGAUCGUCUCGUGCAGCGUAUAUUCAUGCAGGUGAAGGUGGCACGAGCCGAAGCGGAAAUGAACCUGGACAACAAGGAUUUCGACGAACGGCAGCACAAAUAUCGUCGCUUGCGCUGGAUACAGGACGGGCUCGAUCCGGACGCAAUGGAAGCCAAGUGGAAGGAGGAGAUGAAGGAGCGCGAUCAGGCACGACGGGAACGUUUGCGGCAGGAAAAUGAAGAGCGACGCCGGCGGGACAAACAAACAAUCGCUAGCCCAUCCGUGACGGGCGAUUCCCGGUUCCAGGCGGCCGCUGCCGAUAAGAAGUUCAAGAAGCGAAAGUUCAUCGCACCCGAGAAGCUGAACGAACUGAUCGAAAAGCACAAAACGGAACCACCGGAAGGCAAGAAGAAAGCUCGGGGCACAACAGCCAACAAGGACAAGAGGGUGCUUCUUGUGAAGAAGAAAUCCAAACUGGCCAAAUAAAGCUGAUUUUUCGCACUAAACAACACAAAA